UCGGAAGCGUCAGUUGAGUCGAAGGUGUUCGCCGGUUUCUCCCGUUCAUACUGCGACGGUAUCGACCUUGUUUCCAAGAGUAGUGUUGUGCAAAUUGGAGUGGAUUGUUCCCGGAAAAUUUGGGCGAUUGUUCGCUGUUUUGGAGUUUGGAAAUGCGAUUUUUCCAGUGACUUAUAGUGUGAAGUGACGUUCUGAACGUGGAUAAAGUGAAAUUCUUGGCAAAAUAUCGAGAUUUUGUUGCGUAAAUACAAUCUACUAGAGGUUACAGCAGUGACAAAAAAGUGACGUCACGUUCGAGAGUAAUUAUAUUUUGGUAUAAAUUCGGCCGAAAAAGGGUUUUGAAUUGACGAAAACUAUUCGUAACAAGUGUGGAUGCAUGAAUUCUAGUUGCUGGUUCGACAAAUUAUAUGGAAAACGGAGUUUUGUGAACGAAAAUCUGUGAUUUUCUCCUGCAACGAACAUAACCUCAAACAUAAAUAUAAAUACACGAAGCCUAGUUGGUGGUGUUCGUCAGCAAACGAGUGAGCGAAGAAGCGAAUCAACUCCCUUGCUUUGUGUCGAGUUCGGUGUGUAUCGCAUCAAAAUAUUUUUAUUUUUCCGACCCUCGGUUGCGAAGACAAGUGGGAGCAAAAUAAGAAAAUAAAUUAGAGUGUGAAUUUUGUACGCACACCUCGGAAAGGGGAAUCAAUUAUUACAAACAGUAACACAAUUCCAAUUUGACUUUUCGAGAAGAUUCAGAAGCAAACAUGAGUGCCAAAGUGUGUAAUCCGAUGGCGAUGUCGGAGCUACGAACUCUGGCCACUGUCCGGAAGCCGCUUUCCAGCAGUAUAUCCGUGGCCAGAGUCAAGAGGGACCUUUUCGGUCCGGUUGACAAGCAGGAAUCGAAGAAUUUCAUCGAUCGCGAGCUGGCUGCUCACACCGAAGCCCUCAGCAAAAAGUGGGGCUUCGACUUUGGCGCCGGUCAACCGCUGAAGAACCACGAGAAGUAUCAGUGGGAACGUGUUCCGCCGACUUUGGUUCCGACUUGUUUCACCGCAAUGAUGACCAUAUCGCGAGAGGCCCACGUAAUGCCACCAAGCUCCACAGCCUCCGAGGAUUUGCUGGAUCAGCGUGCCGAGCGGGAAAAUGGCAACGUCUAUCAGCGAUCGAUCAUGGGCUUACCUGCCUCCGUUUCUGGAUCAGACUCCGAAUCAGACUGUAGUUUCGAUACGGUUAGGACAUAUCCUCUGGUUCUACGCAGCGAGACCUCUGCCCUCACCGCUACAGCUGCAGUGACCACCUCCACCACCACCGCCACCAGCAGUAACAGUAGCUCGUCCUUCCCAGCGUCGGCCAACCGAGCGAAGCGGCAACAACGAAUCACAGACUACCUGAAAGAACGCAAACGCCUAUCGACCAGCUCUCCGAAGUCGAGCGUAGCCAAGAAGGCCCGCCACAUGCUAGCGUCCUCCUCCUCCGCCACCGCCUCCAGUAUGACAUCGAGUGCAGCAGCUGCCCAACAGGAUCACCAGUAGAACAACGGGAACAAACAUUGCACCGGACUAUUGUACAACUAUCUGAGAAUGUUGACUUUGUCGCAGUUUUUUGUGCUGCGAUAAUUGGCAAUGUCCGAUCUCAAUCAGACAUACAACCACUCUUUUUUUUUCGUGUUAGAGUUAGUAAAUCUAAAUCGUAUAAGUAUUUUUAUACGAAUAUUUUAGCAAGUGGUAAGAUUUUCGGCUAGACAAACAAAAAGCAUCAAAAAGAUAACAUUUUAUGGAAGGCAAACUGAAAGACCGCAGAGCUACUCCAGUUCUGGGUUUUCAAGAGCAAAAUGCCAUUCAUUUUUAUAUUUAAUUGUAUUAUGAUAGGCAUAACGAUAUCAAUUGUAAGCUGGUUUUUUUCUUCUUCUUUCUUUUGUUUCGAUUUGUAACAUCGAACUGGAAGCGGUCUUGGAGGGAAUGAUUCACUAUAGGGAAAGGCGAUGAGCUUUUCAAGAGAGAGAUAUAUGUGUAUUGAAUUAAACACAACCAUGGAAAGGAUUUUGAGUAUACUUAUCUCUGUGAUUGCAUUCCUGGCGGUAGAAAUCUUGGAAUUUUAUUUUUGUACAUAUUUAACCUAGAAAAAGAACUUAAAAUAUAUGUUUAAUUGUUAUAUAUUUCCUUCAAUUUAUGUAGGGUAACGUGAGGCACGAUGGGUCAGCUAGUAAAUGUAUUAAUUCAUUUGUCAAAAUCAACAGGUUAAAUGCAACCCCAAUGAUAGUUUGCUUUUUUUGGGGCUACAUUGAGCCUGUUGAUGUUGACAAUCAAAAACAAAAUCAAGUAGAUGACCCGUGUUGCCCCGUCAUCCUUCGUAUCCCACCUUAUACUACAUGGAAAGUUGUAUCGCUUAUCUGCUUUAGAAACUCAAUAAUUGAAUAUGUAAAACUGUUAGGUGAUACAACUGCUGACCAUGGUAAGGUUUUUCUUAUUUCGAAUGAUGUAUGUAAAUAUGUUCGCGUAAUUUAAAACUCUUAACUUUCCUGAAGUUGUGAUUUUUCUCGCAAACUACCGUUAGUUAUUUAUGGCUUAAGAAAAUUGAAGCUCUAGGAUUAUCGUCGCUUUGCAUGAUAAUAUUGUCAUUUUAGUUUUCGAUUCUAGUUGGCCAUCAUUCUAACGUUGCAAGAAUGGAUUGCAGCUUCAAAUAAGUUUUGUGUUCCAUCAUCAACAAGGUCAAAAACUCUUAAGAAUGCUUCCACCUCAACGUCCCAGCUCGGCGUUCAUCACUCGGAACGAUCUCAAAAAGAUGCCUGUUGCAAUACCAUUUUUUCUCCGGACUAGACCAAUACCCACUCUGCAAUAAACGAUUUUGAGUGCAAUACCACCGUUUGAUAGCGCAGCGGUAUGGUUGGUUGUACUUCGGAAGCAUUCGAAAGACUUUUUGAUUAAUUAGGUGGGUUAGCCAACACUCUUCUGGUUUGGUGAGCAAUCCGCCGUGAAAAAAAAAACUUAUUUUGUGAGUGUGCCAAAUGUCACGCGGGUUGUCCCAACCGGAGGAGGUUACAUCGCAUUUGUCGUUAGUAUAUAAGUACCUACUAAAAUAAAAGCCCUUCAAAGCAAAAAGUCAAGCUGUGUCGUUCGACUUUCGGAUUUCCGGAGAAUCGAAGUUUGAAAUUCGCGUUAAAUAAGUUUUCUUUUAUGUUUGCUUUCCGUACAUUACCAACUAGUAAACCGUACUAGAAAAGCGACGCAGAUAAUCAACCUUAUUCUGUAUUCGGUUCGAAACGUAUUUACCAUACAAACAAAAUUAUGGGAAAUCCGUCCGAAUGGAAUUGAGGAUAGGGGUGAGUAUUGGACCGAGCUCCAAACAAAUAAUCUUAUUUAUUUUUUCUCUACAUCUGAAAAGUUUUUUUUUUUACUUUAUUUUAAUCAACGAAAUAAUAAGGUCGUAAGUUAUAUCUUUUAAGAAAAUCGAAAUUGAUUUAAAAAUCGGAUAGUAGAUAAAUCCAUAUUAAACACAACAACUUGAGCAACAAAGAUUUUUCAACAAUAAAGCU